AUGAGCGAGAAACAAGGAGCAGGGCAAGCUAAGGUUUCGACGCCUGCUAGUUUAGGCGAAGGAUACGAGGACGAUGAUGAGGCAGAUAGUGAAGGGGGGGCCUCUUCUCUUUGGCCCAAGUUGGUUGCCUUGAUUUUGGCACAGGCUUCUAUGUUCUUGAAUCUAUCCUACAAUAUGCUUGAUGGAAAAGUACCCCUCGGAGGGCAGUUUCUAACGUUUGUGGAGUCGUCCUACUUAGGCAAUCUUAAUCUAAGUGGGAUUCCAUUUACCAAUAUAACCAUCUGCAACAACUCUUCUGGCUCUGGCAACUACAUAAGUAUCGAGAGAAUUGGUGAAGUAGAGAAUUCAGAUGGUGAAAUGAUAGGAUGGACAGUCGGACUUGGAUUGAGUUAUGGUUUGGGAUUCUCUGUUGUGAUUGGAGUAUUGACUUUGAAUAAGAGGAAUCUUGGAGGAGACAUUUCUUUCACUGGACAACGAAAGUCUUCUUUGUCACUAACUAGCAUUGAUCUUUCAGGGACAACCAUCAAGGGCCAAAUUCCAUCUACUAUAUGGAAUAUCUCAUGCUUGGAGCAUCUUCGUUUGAGAGAUACCAGAAUUGAAGGUGAGAUUCCAUUUGCUAUAUGGAAUAUGUCACCUUUGAAGGAUCUUCUUCUCUCAAAUACCAGAAUUGAAGGUGAGAUUCCAUCUGCUAUAGGGAAUGCAUUGUCCUUGGAAAGUCUUUCUCUAUCGAAUACCAGAUUUGAAGGUAAGAUUCCAUCUACUAUAGGGAAUGUAUCAUCCUUGAAGUGUCUUGAUCUAUAUAAUACCUCUAUUGAAGGUGAGAUUCCUCUUUCCAUAGUCAAUCUCUCUAAACUUGUUGAAUUGGACUUGUCCUACAACAUGUUAACUGGGGUAAUCCCUCCUUCAUUGGACUCACUUUCUACCCUUGUUAGACUUCACCUUAAUGCCAACGAAUUGCAUGGUAUGAUUCCAUCUACAAUUUCAAAUCAUUUUCAUGGUAGAAUCCCAUGCCAGGUAAUUGGCCUUCCAAAUCUUCAAAUUUUGGACCUUUCUGGCAACAACCUUUCACAACCCAUUCCAAGAAACCUUACAAACUUGCUCACAAUGGUCAAUGCAUUGCAGAGUAAUCCAAACGAUUUGGAAGACGUUAGAUAUACAAAUAAAAUUACAAUUUCCUGGAAAGGCUGGGAUGUUGAAUUUGUGAAAGUUCUCUUUAUUCUUAAAUGUAUUGAUCUUUCAAACAACAACUUAUCAGGGAGAAUUCCUUCUAAAAUGGGAUCUCUUGAAGGCUUGACAGCCCUUAACCUUUCAAGGAAUCAUCUCCGUGGCCGAAUCCCAAAAAACAUUGGGACACAUGGAUCAACUAGAGUCUCUGGACCUCUUGCUAAACAAGUUGAAUGA